UUUAUGCUCGCGAGUCAUCCGAAUGAAUACUUGUGUGUUGCCAACAGUUUUUUUUAUUAUUUCUCCAGUUGUUUAUUUCAAUUUAAAUAAAAAAAUCAUUUGUUUAUUAAUAAAUUACAUAACUACUAUUGUUAUAUUAUUUAUAAAUAUACGUAUUUUAUUUAUAAAUAUAUUUUUUAUAAUUAAUAUCAAUUAAUUUUUAUGUAAACACAAGUUUUAUAAUUUUUUUUUUAUAUUUUUUUUUUUUUGUUAAAACAGUGAUUAGUGUUGUAACUUAAAAAAUAAUAAUAAUUUAUAAAAAAAAAUAUAUAUAUAUUUUAGUUUGGUUUUUAACGAUGCUUGGGAACUGAUCGUUAUCAAUAAGUGAAGAUUGACGAAAAAAAUACUUAGUGAUAAAAAUAAAUAAAAAAAAAAAUAAAAAAAAAAAAACCAAGUUGAUGAUUUUUUUUUGUAAAUAAUAUUUUGUUAUAAAUAUUACUGAUAAAAAUUAUAUUUUUAUUUUUUUAAUUAGUUUAAGUAAUUACGAAAUAUAAUUUUUAUAUAUUUUUUUUUUUUUUAUAUUAUUUGUGGUAAUUGUGUACUGACUUUUGUGACAUGAAAAUACGAAAUAUAUUUGAAUAAAAAUUGGGGGAAAAACAAAAUAUGUUUGCGAUUAUUUUGGAGUACCAAAAGGUCAAUAAAUUAUAACUAAAAAUUGAAUUAAAAAAAUUAAAAAAUGGACCAAUUUAUGAAUGAAAAUAAUAGUGAUAAUAUGGAUGUGCUAAAUGACGUUUUGGCAGUUCUUGAUGCAGAUGUUGAUUUUAAUGGACACAAUGAUCAUCAUCAUCAUCAGCAACAACAACAACAGCAACAAGAACAGCAACAAAAAUUACAACAGAUUCAGCACUAUCUCCAACAACAACAACCACAACAGCAACAAAUGUUACCAUAUACUUUUAUUGUUGAACAACCAGCAAGCAAAGCAAUAAGAUUCAGAUACAAAUGUGAAGGAAGAUCUGCUGGUAGUAUACCAGGAGUCAACAGUACACCUGAAAAUAAAACAUAUCCAACAAUUAGAGUGAUUGGUUAUGUUGGACGAGCAGUUGUUGUUGUAUCAUUAGUUACCAAAGAUUCAUAUAGUGGUAAAUACAGAGCACAUCCUCAUAAUCUUGUUGGAAAAGGAUGCAUUGAAGAACGUGGUGUUUGUCAUGUUAAAAUAUCACCAAAUAAUAAUAUGGAAGUGUCAUUUUCAAAUUUGGGAAUUCAGUGUGUUAAAAAAAAAGAAAUUGGUACUUCAUUUAAAACAAGAAAAGAAAUACGUGUUGAUCCAUUUAAAGCUGGUUUUUCACAUAAAAAUCAACCAAUUGAAUUAAAUGUUGUUAGACUUUGUUUUGAAGUUUAUCUUCCAAAUGAAAAAGACGAAUUUAAAAUUCGUCUUGAGCCAAUUGUUAGUGAUCCAAUUUAUGAUAAAAAGGCAAUGUCUGAUCUUGUUAUUUGUAGAUUAAGUCAUUGUUGUGCAUCAGCUGCUGGUGGUACAUCUGUGAUAUUACUUUGUGAAAAAGUAUUAAAAGAUGAUAUACAAGUUAGAUUUUUUCAAAAAAUAAAUGAUGAAGUAAUAUGGGAAAAAAAUGCUGAAUUUACAACAAAUGAUGUUCACAAACAGGUUGCAAUAACAUUCAAAACACCAAAAUAUGAUUUAAAUCCAGAUGAUAAAGCUGUCAAAGUAUUUGUUCAACUUCGUCGACCAUCUGAUGGUGCAGUUGGUGAACCAAGACCAUUCGAAAUGAUACCAAUUGGUGCAGGUAGGCCCUUAUUUUGGUCAUUACAAAAAACAAUUAAUGAAAAUUCUUAUAUACCUAAAAAAGCAAUACCAAUUGAUUCAUCAAUAAUCCCAAAUAAUAAUGAUGUUAUUACUGAUAAACACAACAACAAAAACAACAACAUCAACAACAACGAAAAUAGUAAUAAUAUUGACAUGUCAGGUAGUAAAAUAUCAGCAUUACGUGCAUUUUAUAAUUUACAUACAAAAAAUAAUGAUAAUAUAGAUAAAAAAAAUGGCUUUAUUCCUAAAAAUAUAUCAAUUAAUAAUACACUUGAUAAUUCUGAUAAAUCUCAUGGCCAAGAGAGUAAUAUUGAGCCAGUAAUUAUAAACAAUGACAAUAAUAAAUUUCAAGAGAUAAAUAACGAAAAAAAAUGGUUUGAUUAUUCAGAAAUUGGUAAAUGGAUUGAAAAAAAUAAUCAACAAUUGAUAGAUAAUAAUAAUGGUGAUGAUGAGCAAAAUAAUAAUGACAAGUUAAAUGAAAUUGCUGAAAUUGAUAAAAUAUAUGAAGAUACACAUAAAAAAAUAAUAAAAACAAAAUUAAUAAAUAAUAAUAAAUCAAUGGAAAUUGAUGUUUUAGAUAAUCAAACAUACACAAGUUUACAAUUAGCUAUGAAAAAUCCAAUUGAAUUGUAUGAUGAUGAUAAAAGAUAUGAAGAUGUUAUGAUUGAAAAAACAUUGUCAUCAUCAUCACUAUCACCACCUCCACCUCCACCACCGCCAUUACUAGCUAAAAGAAGUGAAAUGAAUAUAAAUGAUGAAAAAUUACCACCAUUACCACCAAAAAGAAGUAAAAAAAUGUCAUCAAUGCCUGUGUUACCAAGAACAUCAUCAUUUACAACUGUUAAUGCACCAAAUAAAAAUUUACCAUUAUUACCUGGUACAUUAUUAAAGCCAAAACAAGGAUUACUAUCAAAGCUAUUUUCUAAAAAAGUUAAAAAAUUAAGUAAUGAUAAAAUAACAAAUGAUAAAAUUAAUACAACAUCAUCAUCAUUGCGUAAUAGUUUACAAGAUUUUACAGAUAAUAGUAGUACAAAUAAUAAAUUAAAUAGAACAAGUUUAAAUGGUGGUGCUUUGCCAAGUAGAUCAUGUGAUUUAAAAGGUGAUGAAUCACCACCAUAUGGGUUUGAUUUAACUGAAGCUGAACAUUAUGCACUUUAUACAGCUAUGGCACCACAUGCUACAACAUCAGAAUUUGAUGAAAUGUCAUUUUAUUAUAGUCCAGUUGAAGGUGGAAAAAUAUUAACUGAUGGAAAACAAAAUUAACAGCUCAAGCUAUUGUUAUUAUUUAUUUUUUUUUAUUGCUUUUUUUCUAGUGUGUGGAAUAUUGUGUUGUUUUUAUUGUUGAAAUUGUUGGUUGUAUGAUUUUUCUAGUCGAUUAUAAAAUUGUUAAUUAUUUUAUUUUUAAUUUCAGACUUUUUUUUUUUUCUUUUUGUUUUGUUUGAUGAUGAGCUGUUAUUUAAUUUUAUGAUUUAUUUAAAUUUUUAUUUUUUAAAUUAAUUCGUAGAUGACCCUGAUUAUUUAAAACGCAAGAGAACUAGAUAUUCUAACGAUCAAACGACAAAUUGUCUACAUGAAUUACAAAAUUCUAAUGAAAAUAGUGAGUAUUUUCAUGUUAAAAAAAAAUUGUUAUAAAUUUUUUAUAUAUUGUUAAUUAUGUAUGAGAAAAAGAAGAAGAAUUGUUGCUUUUCGUAUUUGGGCUA